AUGGAUCCAUACUUGGACGAAAUAAACAAUAACACCAGAAAUAUGGGUAUAACAACACUAUUGGUAGGUAUACACUAUAAAAUGACUUAGGUAUUGAGAACUGUACUGUUCUAAUAGAACCUAACUAGAUAUAAGGUCAUUUGUUUAUUAGAUGCUCAGGUACCUAUAUUUUUUAAAAAAAAAUACACUUCUGUAAAAUACUAAUUAGGUAUGUAAUACUAACUAAUUAAUAAUUAAUAUGUUUAAUACAGAUAUUACUUAUACAGUAGCUUUAAGUUUAAAAUACCUAAAUAAUAAUAAUUAUUGUAAUAUAAUACGGCUAUAAUUAUUCAAAUUUAAUUUUAAGGAAGAUACAGUGAAAAACAAAAAUUUGGAUCAAAUAACUUCACUCAAAUUACAAGCUCCAAUGUCUGUAAACCGUUUAUGUAUGCUAGGUACAUAUGUACCAAAUUUAGUAGAGCUUGACUUAACCGAUAGUUUCCUUCUUUCAUUCAGGUUAAUUUAAAAGUAAUUUAAAAAGAAAACCAUAAUACCAUUUGAUUAAAAUAAAAUAUUUUUGUAGAGAUUUCGCGUUCAAACUGGAUAAUUUAAAAAUUCUAAAAGUAGCUUCAUGCAAUCUAAAGACAUUGGAUGGAGUUUGGAACAUACCAAAUGUGGAAGAGUUAUAUGCCCCUGACAAUGAAAUUAGUGACUUGAUGUUGUGCUCUACACUCGUUAAACUUGUAACUUUAGACUUAUCGAGGUAGGUAUUUAAUGUAUUAUUAUAUUUUUAAUUAAUUAUUUGUUUCUUAAAUAUUGUGAAACCAUUAAGAAUAAAUAUAAUAUUUUAUUAAUUUGAACUAAGACCCUAAUUUUAUAGGAAUAAAAUUAUGGACUUAACAAAGUUACAUUUUUUAAAUUUUUGCGAACAAUUGCAAAAUGUAUCACUGUCAGGAUGUCCAGUAGCUAAGAUGGACAAUUUUGAUAAAAAAGUGCAUGCAAUUUUACCAAACUUGAAUCAAUUAAAUGGAAAUCAAACUUUAAGUAAGUUAAACAAUAAAUAGGUAUUAUUUAAAUGUAUACAAUAUAAUAAUAUGUCAUUUAUAAUUAAACUAAGAUAUUGAAGAAAUAGAAAAACCCAAAUUGACCAUUGAAUCAAUUGUUUGUGGCAAUAUAACUGCUGCAUUACGGAAAAGAAAAAUUACCAAUAAUGGAAAUAAAGUAACAAAAAUAUGA